ACAACCAUUCUUGUAUAAAGACUAAAAACUACUAUAGGGGUUACCAACCCUACAAAUCCUUCUCUCCUCUCUUGUAUCUUCCAAGUUUUUUCCUAACACACUCUUGAGUUUGAUUUGAUUGAGCACACUUCUUUAUCAAGCACAUUAAAAUAUAGCCAUAGCUGCAUUAAACACAACAAUCACAAUGUCUUUUUAUCUGUUCUUCCUCUUCAUCACAAUGCCCCUCAUUGUUUUUUGUGAUUUUGAAAUGCCUUCAGGUUCUUCAACACAGAUUUUUCAUUCUUUCCAUGAAGACAAAAAUGGUUCUCUAACAGUGUCAGAAAAAGUUGAACAUGCACACUACACCCCUAGAAAAUUUUGGUUUCAUGGUUCUUGCACAAAAAGAGACAUUAGUAUCUCACAAAGCAAAGGUUCAACUUCUGGAAUUCCACAGUACAUUGUGCAAAUUGUUAACACUUGUGUUUCUGGAUGUGCUCCUUAUGAUAUCCAUCUUCACUGUGGUUGGUUUGCUUCUGCAAGAAUAAUCAACCCUAAAUUGUUCAAGAGACUCUCUUAUGAUGAUUGUUUGGUGCAUGGAGGGAAGCCUUUAACUUCUAACCAGAUUAUUAGAUUCACUUAUUCUAAUUCUUUUAUGUACCCUCUUGCAUUCAAGUCUGCUAGAUUUUGCUGAGUCCAAAAUAUAAUUCCAAAAGAAUAAGAAGAAUAUGACAUAGAGUUCCAAAAAUUAUUAUAGGCCCUUAUUUAUAUUAACAA